UAGAGUGUCAAGUGUCAAUCAGAUCAACUAACAUGUUUGCAUAGUACUCAUAGCAAUCCCUCAUUACCUAAUCAGAAGAUGCUCCAUAGCAGGGUGCUCAUAUCAUAUUUCUUGAUCCAACAUCCUCUCACUCUGUAUCUCUUACAGUCAGUAGACAUGGAGGAUGGGAACCCUGAUCUGCUGCUGGUCAAAGAGGAGACAAUAGAAGACGGACCAGAGAGCAUUGAUCUGCUGAGUGGACUAAAGAUGGGGGAGCAAGGUGGUUGGCUAGAGGCUAAUAGAGGAGACUGGGCGACCAUCUUGGAUUCCCAGACCCAGACGGAUGCAGCCAAGGGCCCAGGGGACAACAUCACUGAGCAGGCCACAACCAGAGGUGACUUGGUGGAGUCUGCAGUCCAUGAUGACCUGCUGAUAUCCGGUGUUGCUGGUAGGAGAGACUGGAUCUUUGAGGUGACUGGUCACAAACCCUUGCCCCGGAUCAGGACACUGGAUCAAGAGCCAUCACGGUUCCUUCUUGAGUCGGAACCAGGACCCAACCCCGAGGGACAGAGACUCCACCACAACCACACAGAAGACAACCAGUGGACAGGUGGACUGAACAACCUCAGUCCUGGUGGUCAUCAGAGAGACAGAGGCUCCAGUCAGGUAUCCAUUCUGCAGCCCAGACCCUUCUCUUCACAGUCUCAGUGCAGGGAUGUAGCAGGGCCUGGGGCUGAUAGACCCUCCUGUUCCUAUGAUACAAACACUACAGUAUCCAUGAUGAACAGAGCAGGUUACCCUGGGCUUCAGCCUUCACAGAGAGCGGUGGGAGACGCCCCUGGUGGUAGUCUAUCAGCAAGUCUGUCUUCUCCUUCAGGGUCUCGUCUAAAGCCUGGUGACUGGGUUCAUAGACAGCCUGGACCUGGGUCUAGCUUUCCUGGUCAUGGUUACCCCACGAAUACAGACAGGGUCAGGAUGGGCGUUCAUCACAAGAGGUACCUAACCUAUAACAAUCCCAACAACACCCAAACAAUGGCUAGAGAUCAAGGAGGGAUCUCAAAGACUAACCACCUGAGGGUGGUGGCUCCUGCUUCUACCUCCUCUGGUGUCAUUGGGUCACAACGUGUGAGGCCGAGCGUUAGGACGGACGCUGACAAGCCCUACUCCUGCCCCACGUGUGGGAAGUGCUUCGCUAGGGCAAACUAUUUGAAGGAGCACCAGACCGUUCACACCAAGGAGAGGCCCUUCAAGUGCAAACUAUGUUACAAGAGCUUCUCUUUCCUGACUAACCUUACCAGACAUAAGAGUGUCCACAACGGGAAGAAUUCGUAGCAGUGUGGCUUGAGAUGUACACAGGGGAUAUCUGGGAACCAUUCUUUAGCUGACAUAUUAUAGUUAUCAUGUGAAGUGUCUUGGGAUAAGAGGGUAAUUAACCACAUACAGUGAGGGAAAAAAGUAUUUGAUCCCCUGCUGAUUUUGUACGUUAACCCACUGACAAAGAAAUGAUCAGUUUAUAAUU